AAAAAGGUCUACCAGAAAUAUAUGCAAGUCCUGUGGUAAUUUCAAAUGUGACUCAGCUGAACAUAGAGAAGACGCACAUGAGGACAAUGUGGAGCAUGAGAGGAAAACUUAUGUUAAAAAGUCUACCAGAAAUAUAUGCAAGUCUUGUGGUAAUUUUAAAUGUGACUCAACUGAACAUAGAGAAGACGCACAUGAGGACAAUGUGGAGCAUGAGAGGAAACCUUAUGUAAAAAGGUCUACCAGAAAUAUAUGCAUAGUAAUAUAUAUGCGUAGUAAUUUCAAAUGUGCCUUAACUGGAUAUAGUCAGCCCACAAGAAAAGACUUGCCAAUGAGGAAAAUGAAAAUAUGGAGCAUGUGAGGAAACCUUAUAUCAAAAGGUCUACCACGACUACGAUUAAGAACAACCCUAUGCCUUCUACCGGAAACGAAACAAUG